UUAGUAGUUCCAGUUGACUGCAGUUCUGUGCCAUCGCUCCAGUAGUUCCAGCCGACUGCAGUUCUGCCGACCGCCGCUCUUGUUUCCUCCGACCAGCCUCCACCGCUCCAAUCUUCUCCGUCGCUCCGUCUCCUCCAUUGGCCAGCUUUGUUGGGUCAGGAUAAAAAGAUGGUUGAAGUUAUUUUAGGCAUGCCUGGGCCAUGGGCUGAUGAUAUCUAUGAAGUAGCUGAUCAUUAUACAACAAAAAUUGGUGGAGUUCCAGAUUGGCCUGUUUCAGUUAGCAUGAUGAGGUCCCAUCUGCUUGAGUGCAGUGCAUGUAAAAGCAAUCUCUGUCUCCUUGCACAGGUUUAUGCUCCUAUUUCAAGCAAGAAUGCCAGCAUUGAAGAACGUGUAAUUUAUAUUUUUGGUUGUGCUGCACCAAAAUGUGGGAGCUCACCUGUAAGCUGGAGAGCUAUUCGGGUUCAGAAAUCUGUUAGUGGUGAAGGAUCAAAGCCCCCAUCUGAUGAGUCUGCCCAUGCACCUGCAUCUUCUGUUUCUACUACAAAUAAUGACUGGAAAAAGGAUUUGUGGACAUUUGAUUCUACUGAAGAGGAGGAUAAUGAAAACAAUGAUGAUAUAGAUUUGGAAGACUUGAGUAGAGCAUUUUCUGAAGCUGCAAGCCUUGCUUCUCAAUCCAAGAAGCAAAUUCACAAUCAUGAAUGUGAUGCAAAACCUUCACCUUUAGGCCACACAGCUAGAGUGAUUGAUGAAAAAAUCCCAGUGCUGCCUUGUUUCUAUAUACAUGCUGAGGAGGAGAAAUUCUCUAAAGAGAGCAGUUCUGCAUGUUCAAAAGACACUCUGCUUUCUAUCAAGGAACAAAAUGCUGAUUCUGAUCAUUCAAAAGAUGAAAUGUGGGAAGAAGAGAGUUAUGAAUAUGACAGAGCACCAAAUGCGGACAGGAUUUACCUUAAAUUCAAAAAGCGAAUGGACUCAUACCCUCAGCAAUGUUUCAGAUACUCGUAUGGUGGAAAGACACUAUUAGCCUCUGCGGAGCACAGUGAUCCUGGGAUGUGCAGGCUCUGUGGUGGAUCUAGGCACUAUGAAAUGCAGCUGAUGCCCCCAUUGCUAUAUUUUCUACAUGAAGCGACUAGCAACCAACUGAGACAAUCUCUGGAGAACUGGAACUGGAUGACUUUAAUUAUCUACACUUGUUCCGAGAGUUGUUCAAACUAUUCCUCUGAAGAAAACUGUGGUAAAGAUGGGUGGAUAGUGGUAAAGGAGGCCAUUGUUGUACAAUAUGAAUAGAAAGCAUUAUAUUAUAUACACGGAUCACAAUAUAACAGUUACUAUUGUGUUUUAUUUCUCGUAAGCCUUCUGAAAUUUUAGUUUGGUUUGUGAUGAUAGUUCAAUACUAGAAUUUGAAAACCAUGAUAAUUUUUCUG